GAGGUGAAUUAAUUGAUGCAUAUUUCGGCGGGCAAAGUGAAGUAGAGAAGUUAAUAAAGGGACAGUUUGGAGUGUUGAUGUACUGCAAUGGUCAUGGUCAGAAAAUAAAUCGCGCAGAAUACUUAAGAUGGAAAUAUCGUGAUCAUAAUCAAGUAGCGGUACCGAUUGAAUCUUCUCUAUCUCCUCACGAUCCCCUGAGCAAGUGGCAAGAUCACAAAGCUUGUUGGCAAAUGCGUUAUCGUGUUUUGGGUGAAAGUAUGCUUCAUGUUCUCAUCAUAUGUGAUACCAGAUUACAUACAAAAUUAGCAAGAACACUAUUAAGAUGCUUUCCAAACUUAGCCUUAGAUGUGGUCGAAGGAGAAGAAUAUCUUGGAGCCAGUGCAUUACAUUUAGCGAUUGCAUACAGUAACAAUGAACUAGUGCAAGACUUACUUGAAGCAGGAGCUAAUGUUAACCAGCGCGCAAUAGGAAGCUUUUUCCUGCCGCGUGACCAACAGCAAAUACGCCGGUGCAAAUACACCGACUACGAAGGACUGGCAUAUUUAGGUGAAUACCCUCUUGCAUGGGCCGCUUGUUGCGCCAAUGAGAGCGUUUACAACAUGCUCCUUGAUAAUGGUGCUGAUCCUGAUUUAUGCGAUACUUUUGGAAACACAGUAUUGCAUAUGGUGGUUGUCUGUGACAAAUUGGACAUGUUUGGGUAUGCACUGCGACAUCCUAAAUUGCCUGAAAAUGGUAUGUUAAAUUAUGCUGGAUUAACUCCUCUAACAUUGGCUUGCACUUUGGGCCGUGCGGAAGUUUUUCGUGAAAUGCUGGAAUUAUCAGCAAAGGAGUUUUGGAGAUAUAGUAAUAUAACCUGUUCCGCAUAUCCACUUAAUGCUUUGGAUACUUUACUGCCUGAUGGAAGAACAAGUAUGAACUCAUCAAUAACAUAUGCUUUUAUAUC